ACUGGGGUUCCUCAAGGCUCAGUACUUGGACCACUUCUCUUCUCCAUCUACAUGACGUCAUUAGGAUCUGUCAUUCAGAAGCAUGGCUUUUCUUAUCACUGCUACACUGAUGACACCCAACUCUACUUCUCAUUCCAGCCAGAUGACCCGACGGUAGCUGCUUGCAUUUCAGCCUGUCUGAGUGAAAUUUCUAGCUGGAUGAAUGACCAUCACCUUCAGCUUAACCUUACGAAGACAGAACUCCUGGUGAUUCCAGCUAACCCAUUGCUUCAUCACAACUUCUCUAUACAGCUGGGUUCGUCAACCAUUACUCCUUCAAGGACAGCCAGAAACCUAGGAGUUGUGAUGGAUCAUCAGUUAAGCUUCAUAAACCACAUUGCUACAAUGACCCGGUCCUGCAGGUUUGCCUUAUACAACAUUAGGAAGAUUAGACCCUUCCUGUCAGAGCAAGCCCCCCAACUUCUUGUCCAAUCUCUUGUUCUCUCCAGACUGGACUAUUGUAAUGCUCUCCUGGCGGGCCUUCCUGCAUGUACUGUCAAGCCUCUGCAAUUGAUCCAGAAUGCAGCAGCGAGGGUUGUCUUCAAUGAGCCAAAAAAAGCUCAUGUUACUCCUCUCCUCAUCAGGUUACACUGGCUACCAGUAGCCGCUCGCAUCAAAUUCAAGAAGUUUGCGCUCUGCAAGUGAACAACGCCUUGUGGUGCCAUCCCAAAGAAGUUCAAAAUCACUCUCACAGACCUUUUCCUGGACUGUGGCCAGCUGGUGGAAUGACCUCCCAAUCUCAAUUCGUACAGCUGAGUCUUUACUCACUUUCAAGAAACAUCUAGCGACUCAUCUUUUUCGCCUGCACUUAACCACCUAAUACUAGCACUUUUCCUUU